CAGUGUCCACGGUUCUUUACUGAUUUCCUCUAUCAUGCAUGCACAUAGCCGGCUCGGUCUAUCCGUGUGACACGGAUGCAUGCAUAUAGAGGAAAUCAGUAAAGAACAGUGGACACUGGCGUCGUUAGUUCUUGUGCACGGUUGUACAGAGAUCGCUUGGCUCGGCUAAAAGCGGCCCAUGACACACCUCUCCUUCUCCUCUCUGGGGUACGUUCCAAAAUCCAACCUUGGUUACCAUAAUUCGUUCCGAAAGUAUCUAUGCACUGAAUGGUUAUCCAAUGAUAGCCGUUCCAAAAGUCGCAGUUGGUCGACCACGAAGUGUUCGAUUCUGAGCAAGAAAUUGAAAGAGGAGAGUGGUAGAAUCUUAGUUACAGAUAAAAUUAGUAGAUUACUGUUUGAACUGCCGCUUUCGCCGAAGGUUAUGGAAUAUUUUGAUAUUUGUGUAACAGAUAAAAAUGAAACAUUACCAGAGAAAGCAACUGAAGUUAAUGCCUCAUCUGUUUGGAACGAUAAAAGCGUGAAACUGUUAUUUAGUUUGUAUGAAGAUUAUCAAGAUGAGUUUAAAAGCACUGUAAUAAAAAAUGAUACAGUGUGGGACAAAAUUAAAGUACAAAUGAAUAUUAGUGGAAAUUAUAAUGUUACCAGAACACAAAUUAAAGAUAAGUGGACAAAUAUGAGGAAAGUCUACAUGAGAAUAAAAGAUCAUAAUAAAAAGACAGGAGUUACACUUAAAACAUGCCGAUAUUACAAUGAAAUGGAUUGCUUAUAUGGAGGCAAACCAAAUGUGAAUCCGGUUAAAGUUGUGUCAAAUAUGAGACUUGAGGCUGAAGAUGAAAAUACAUCAUCUGCAGAAAACAGUGCAGCAGAUAAUAAUGAAUCAAAGAAACAAAAGAAGAUUAAGAUUGAACGACAUUUAUCUUCCUGGACAGAAAACUUUAUCGAGUAUAGGAAAGAACGAGACAACUGUCAGGAACAGCGUAAUGCAGAAAAAAUAAUUGCAAUAGAAAACGCAACAAAAACUUUUCGCGAGAACACAACACGCCAAAAUAGUUUCGGGAAUCAAAUCUACUCGAUUCAUAUGUAA